AUGAUGCUCACACCGUAUCUCUACGCUGCCCUCCUGUGGGCGUCGGAAGCCAUCGCCUGCGCAGACCACGGCAACUCCCACGCCGCGAGGGCCGUCAAGCGCGAAGAUUACAAGAGGCCCGCUCAGGCAGACUGGGCAUACGAAGCAUCCUUCGACUGGGCUCGCGUCAACCCGAAGUACCGCCUCUGCCAGUCCGGCACCCAACAAUCCCCGAUCCCCAUCGGCCUCGGGAACGGCCUCGCCGUCCGCCACCGCAUCAACUUCAACUACCCCUCCGGCAAGACCGCCGGCAACUUCUACAACUGGAACUACGGCCCCGCCUUCACCGUGAUCCACCCCGACGGCGACUUCACCUCCAACCCCUCCUUCACCUACGACAACACCACGCUCUACCUGUCCGGCUGGCACAUCCACACGCCCGCCGACCACCCCGUCAGCGGCUGGCGCUCCCGGGCCGAGAUGCACUUCGUCCACGUCGACGCGUCGGGCAAGCCGGCCGCCGUGCUCGCCUUCCGCCUCGACCCCAGCACCGCGGACGACAACGCCUUCUUCGACCAGAUGCCGCCGUACGUCGGGUUCAACGAGACGGGCGAGUCGGUGCGGGUCGAGCUCGAUCUGACGGAGGCGCUGAGGGAGGUGGGCAUGUUUGGCGAGUUCUGGACGUACCAGGGGAGCUUGACGAGUCCGCCGUGCACGGAGGGGAUCCGGUGGUUUCUGGCGCGUCAGGUCAUGUUUCUCGGGGACGAUCAGAUGAGUGCGGUCUUGGGUGCGAGUACGUAUAGUGCGAGGGCCGAGCAGCAGGUCUGGCGGCACCGGAUUAACGAGUAG